UAUAUAUUUAUAUAUAUAUAUAUUCCUUUGCUUACGUUUCCUAUUGGAUUACCAAUUCCAAACCACUGCCCGAAGCAUUUCCACCUUGAAAACCAGAAAGCAAUAGGAGGAGCUCGAGACAUGUUUCGUAGGCAUCGAAAACCUUCGGAUGAAAAAGAAAAACUCACCAUUCCUCAGUAACGUCGACUUUGUAAGCCAUGUCCAACGUGCCCACUUCUCUAUCUGAAGUUUGUCUAACUCUUUUCCGUUUAGCCAUGUCCAUAGCUGACCCUUGGCCUUUUUCUUAGCAAGUACCCGAACUCGAAAGCUUGCACCAAGAAUCCGUUUUCUGCACUUUUUAAAAUUUCUCUUGUGUUCUGUUUCCUUCCAAAACAUGGGCAAGAUCAGAGGUUUCUUGCUAAGACACCGGGUCAACACAAUUUUCCGGUCUGUUUUCCGCCGACACAGUUUGCCGAUGAGGUAUCACCGGCUGGACCCGCAUCCAUUUUAUCGGGCUAACGCCAUUUCCAGACUGAUCAGCUGGACCCACAAUCUGAGGUCCAAAGCCAAAGACAUCUGCUGCGCCUCCUCCAAGAAUUUGGUCCAGGGUCGGGCCAUGAGCCGUGGCUGCAUGCAAACCGGGCAAGAACCGCUUGGAGCAAAGCCACAGCCGGUGGAGGUGCCGAAAGGUCAUAUGGCGAUCUAUGUGGGCCAGACAGGUGGUGAUUUUCAAAGGGUUUUGGUGCCUGUGAUUUACUUUAAUCACCCUUUGUUUGGUCAGCUGCUGAGGGAGGCCGAGGAGGAAUUCGGGUAUAAUCAUCCGGGUGCUAUUACUAUUCCUUGUCGGAUCUCGGAGUUUGAGCAUGUUCAGACCCGGAUCAAGCAGGGCCGGAGUACCCGGAAACUGUUGACCUGGAAGCGGCAAGCUUGAAGUUCAAGCUUACGUGAUGAUGAUGACGAUAAUCCAUGGUUGUCUAGAGCUAUUUAUUUUUCCGGGUUCUACCAAAAAAAAUUAUAAUUUUUUUGGCCUGUGUGUGUUUUAAGAAUCUUCUUAUCUUUUCUCUUUAUGGCUUUCAUAUCAUCUUUGAUAGAUGUAAUAGAUUUUUAGGUGUACAGCUUAUAGAGAUUAUAGUCCAAUUUUCCCUAUAUUACCAUGUCAUUUGAUUCCUUUUUA